AAGAUGGAUACGCGUGUCUCAGUCUGUUCCUGGUAAGAAUAGCCGCGUCUAAAGCAUUUGGGUUAUUCAUUGAUUUUGUUGAAGAGGCCCUGAAACCAAACCAAAGCCAGUUGGCAGUAGAACAAACGACGCCGUCUCCACUACGGUGCCUAAAAGACAAUGGAAUUAUAGGUGUAGGUAUUCAAGAAGGAAUUCUUCUACCUGGAAAAGGGCAACCAUGAGACUCUUCUCGAGAGGCGUCCGUAGAAUCUGUCCAUCCUCCAUCGAGAUCAGAAGAAACGAGAGAAUUACCAGCCGAGAAAAGAAACCAAGAUCCUUCUCCAAGACGAUCGGCACCUAGCAGCUGUUCUAGGUCAGCUCUGACUUCAACUCAACAUGGCGCUGUGCUGCAAGAAAAAGAAGGGCAAGGGCAUGGGACUACAGUUCCUCGCGGCACAAACUCUGAAGAUUGCGUCUAUGAAUGGUUUGGGUGAACUUGACAAGCUCGAAUCAGAAUUAGAAGAUGAAAUCAAUUAUGAGAGUCAAGCUCCACCAAGGGAAACACUUCAGAAAGUACGCCGAAGGCUGGAGCAUUUUCUUCACUGCAAACCCGUGCUGCUUGUCGUCGUCAUACUCAACGUCAUCGACUGUCUGCUUGUACUCGGAGAGCUCACCUUUGACUUCAACCACGUGGGCAAUUUGAUAAAAAAUCAUCAACACUUGUCCGUGGGUUUCCUCACAGAACUUCAGAAUAAAUAUCCAGAUUAUUUGCACGGUAUCACUGAUCAUGCUGUGGAAAACAUGUAUGAUAGAAUAGUGGCGGCAAGUAUAGACUGGAUUGGGAAUCAAACAUUCUGCGACCACGACGGCAACGACACCAGGACUCAUCUUCACCAUCACCGACGGAAACGUGCAUCAGGGAGUGAUGACGGUCACGGUGGAGGACACAGUAUUGAGGAGGAGAUGGGACAUGGUUUCCACUUAACUUCUGUUGCCAUUUUAUCACUUCUUGUGUUCAUAACUGCCUUGAAGAUAGGUGCAACUGUCCCUCGGUUUUUCAGGAGCAAAAUGCAGGUGUUCGAUGCUCUGGUAAUCCUCAUCUCCUUCGUUAUCGAUCUCGUCUUCAUCGAAGGCGUCAUGAGCAUGGAAAUCAGUAACUACGUCAUCGUUUUAACCUUCCUGUUGCCAUGGAGAAUCAUUCGAAUUCUCAACAGUUUGAUCGUAGCUGUGCUGGACAAACACAGGUUCCAGAUGAAGCUUCUCUACAAACAGAAGAAGAAGAUCGACAAGCAGUACCAGGAGGCACACGAGAAGAACAAACAGCUCCUGAAACAACUUGAGUCCAUCAAAGGUUUAUGUUCUGAAAAAGGCAUCACCUCCCACGAGCUUGGAAGAGCACUUGACCACUCCCAAUCAGGAAAGAUGAGCAAGCUGAGGGCUCUCGGCAAACUAGCGUUCCAUACGGCAGAUACCCUGUCCCCCCACUCCCCUACCGUCAAUGGCCACGGCCCUAUCUUCUCGCCAUCCUCAACAUCCUCGCAAACCAACAACAUACAAGCGCCGAGCUUCAGCGAAGCACGGCGCCAUAGCAGCAGUACGCCGAACCUUCCUGUCAUUGACGAGACGCACGUAAACAUCGAGAACGCUUCAUCUAAACUAUAAUGAGUCCAGAUGAAGAUGGCAUGUCAAGGAAAUUUCCAGCCGCCUUUCCGUGUUGCAAACGAUUGCAUUUCUGACUGGAUACUUGGUACCUGAGUGAGUGAUUGUUGCUUUCACUGUUUAGAAGGUGCCCAAAUGCUGCAUUUGACAUGAACAGUGUCUAAACGUGAGGUAACGUUUCUACAUUGAACGUCUUCAUAACGUUAUCUGUGUAUCGCCUAAUGCAUAUACGAGAAAUAUGCAAAGGAAAGUUCAGUUGAAUAAAAGAGGUCAGUUCAUGACUAAAGCUUCAAGAAGAUGUGACAUAAUUGACAGGAGCACAUUGGGCAUCAUCUGGACCACUCCAGGGAGUAUAACUACAUUGGCGCCGACUUUGUUGUAUGGGUGCUGUGGCACAUGUGUAUAUCAUCGUUGUUUCUUUCCAUGUGUUCGAGUGAUGCCGUGAGGAGGAGCGGAUACCCAGACGACAAACUAUUUUGACAUUAAAGAGAAUGUGUGAUUAAUGAACUCAUUUCUGUAAAAAUGCAAUGCAGGAAACAGUAUACCAUUACGUUCUGGUCAUAUUUUCUCAAAAUUUUGUAUUUAUUUUGUAGUAUUUGUAUUAGAGUAAGCAGCUGAUUAUUAACUUAGCAAAAGAAUUGCAGAACAACAAUGGAUAGAUCAGCAUUUCAAGUGAUCAAUAACAUAUUGAUUUUGAAAUAUGUGAACAUGUUCAUGAUGCAUUGAUGAGAUAUAUGGGGAACUAGUAAAUAUGUACAUUGCUAUUCCAGACUUCCUUCCCUGUGGGCAUUCCCAGUUCUGGCUAGUUCUGGUUAGUUCUGGUUUGGGAGAUACUAUUUACUGUAUUCAUUACCUAGUUGGUCAACCCGGUACGACCGAGACUUACACUGUAGUAUUUCUUCCUCGGAACGUUUCUAUACGGUCGUAGUUUUUUUAAUAAUCUAUUUUAUUAUUGUACACAUUGUUUUGAAUGGUACAUCUUGCACCUUUGGGUAUUUCACGUAAAUAGAAAAUAUAUUGAAGUGUAGCCAAAAGUUGUAUCCUUCAUAUAGACAUGCACAGGCGAUAGGAGUCAUUCAUCCUGUUCAUGUUAAUGGUGAUUCACGCUGUACAUGUUAAUGGUGAUUCACGCUGUACAUGUUAAUGGUGAUUCACCCUGUUCAUGUUAAUGGUGAUUCACGCUGUACAUGUUAAUGGUGAUUCACGCUGUACAUGUUAAUCAAGGUUACGUGCAGAUGAUUACUCGUCAUGUAUAACCAUGCCAUUGUGUACCAAAACUAACACUAAAUACAAACCAAUAAAAAAUACCAUGUGCACAUUAUUUAAAGCGAAACAGACGAAGUAUAAAUGUUUAUCAACAAUAUAAAGUAUUAAUGUUCAUGUUAGAAGUAUGUCCCUUAAUAAUAUUGGGAUACGAAUAUAAUAUUAAUAAUGCGCUUUUUGCAGCAUGCACCGUUUACUUAACGAUUUUUCGUUUAAUUGAAAUGGAUUAAUUCUUUACCUAAUCAUUCACUUUUCACAACAUCUGAAACUUCGGGACAUUAAGGAGCUAUGCAAAGUAUCGGUUGGUGAUGCUGUCAAAUGCGGAUAUAACUAUCUCCUGGGUAUGAUCAAUAUGGGUUCAAAUUCGGCUAGUUGUUCCUAUAAACAGAACAUAUAUUAUCACUCAAACUGGUUUAUGACUGGGUUCGUUAUAACAUCUGUUCCCCAUACUAAAUUUCGUUAUAUCCGAAGUUGACUGUUUUAUCGACUAAGUAAAAACAUGCAAUACGACAAUGCAAAUGAAACGCAGCGGUAAAAUUCUGUUAUCGGCCUUUUGUACUCAAUUUCCUUUGUCGUCUACAUUUGUAAAUAGUGGUGUGAAUUUGGUGGUUAUUUGAGAGGGGCAUGUAUGUCAGUGGUUGGUAUUGCGUUAAAUAAUACUGUUAUAGUGCAUUUGAGAGUAUACGGAUAUUGUAAAACUAAUAUAAAGUGGAAUUGUUACA